AUGGAGGACCAUCAAGCCCGCCUGUCCAUAUCCCAGCUCUCCACACAAUGUCACUUAGACGGCGGCCAUCAGAUCGCAAGGACAUAGGUGGUGAUUCGGACGGGGAAGAGGAUACGCAAGACGAAAGCGUGAUCAGACGAUUAAUGCGACCUUCUGUUCCCAGGUCCAUACCUGCUCAUCUUGCGCCUACAGCGGUAAGAGUGAGCCUCAUCAGCGCAGCAUUGGGUAUGCUUGUUGGUCUGUGUAUCCAAAAAGCGCUACGCUUGCUGUGGUAUGCAUGGCCCAACACUACGAACGUGCACCAAUCAUCAUCACCUGUCGGCCUUUUGGCCCGCACAGGCGAUAUCUUUGCUAGCCCGCAACUCAAUGCAUAUCUCGCUGCUUGGGCUCUGUUUCAUCUCGCAGAGUUCUGGAUCACCGCACAUUGGAACGCCACGAGGCUGAUGGAAGAUUGUGAGUAUUUUGAGCAAGGGAAUGCUUGGAUGGAGAGCAAUCCAUCGCUGAGUGGACACGGCCCUUGUGCAUCAUAUCCAGCUUUCCUGCUGCAGAAUGGUAUCGCAUACCACGUUGCUCAUCUCGCUGGACUCGUCGAAUUCUUCGUGCGCCGUCUCCUCUGGAGCCAGGGCAGCGCGAAGGUUCCCUGGUGGAGCUACGUCGGUGAGUGUAUGCAGGCGAUGCUAUGGAGCUCGAAGUCAAGGCUGAGCCACCCUCUUGUGACCGCUCGCGGUACACCGCAGGGCUGGGUUUGGUCGUAGCAGGUCAGAUCGCUCGCUCGUUGGCAAUGGUCCAUGCGGCAGGAUCUUUCAGCCACGAAGUUGCACGUGGAACAAAGCGAGAGGACCAUACGCUCGUCACUAACGGCAUAUAUGCGUGAGUCUGUGAGGAAGCAUAGGCUACCAGCCAUCCGAGCAUGUGACGCUUACGCUACAUCUUUCUUCCGAGGCAGCUUCACGCGACAUCCUUCCUAUGUCGGCUUCUUUUACUGGGCUUUGGGCACCCAGUCCCUCCUCGGCAAUCCUCUCGCAUUCUGUGUCUUUGCGGUCACACUUUGGCGAUUCUUUAGACACAGAAUAGUAGGAGAAGAAUACUCGCUGAAGCAGUUUUUUCCUAAGGACUACGAGGAAUAUGCCAUGCGCGUAGGGACGGGGCUCCCAUUCAUCUGA